AAUUAAUAUUCUACAUGUUCCUCCAACCACUCUCCAGAGCUCACAAAAGCGAUAUAAAAACCGUGUGAAGUCUCGCAAGGUCACAAUGGCUUUAACAGUGAUAGUGCUGAGAGGAGCAGCUCUGUUCUUGCUCCUUGUGACGGGCAGUCACGCCUUCCUCGCGACGCCCCUAAACGCGAGCGAUCCUGAUGUCGUCAAUAUCCUGUGUCCGGAGCAGACGAAAGGUGUGACCCGUGACCACAAGUGGAUCACCCGUGAGGCCAUCCGCCGAAACAUUCGCCGUUUUUUCCUGGAUUACCCGCCGUUGACGCAGCCAGAAUUUAACGUCCCCACCGACGCCAGCCUAACGGAGCUCUACCGUGCGUACUACGGCGCCUCCUCCUCGCCCGUCCGAUUCAUCAAGGCGGUCAACUCAGUCGCAGCGUCUAACGUCAAGGCCGACUCCGUGAGGCAGCUCAGAUAUGACCCGGCUUUACAAGUUGAUGCAGAGCGGUUAGAGGACGCAGAGGAGAGCCUUGGUAGCAGGUACCCACUGAUCCUGACCUCCAUCCUUCAAGACGAGGCCUACUCCGCCGCUCGCUCUCUCCUCGGCCUCUCACUCCACACACUCCAGAAUUUCUAUUCCCACUCCACCUGGAUCGAGCAAGGGAAUGAAGGCAUUUUAGCCGACUUGGGUUUUCCCGGAUUUGCUUUCAACUCCACAGCGGGUCCUGAGGAAGCUGUGUGUACCCCUUGUUCUGAUGCGCAGGGUCCCUGUACCGAGAACGUGGUGAUCGGAGCAGGCCUCACUACCGGAUAUUACCAGUACGUAGACGAGGCUGCGAGUGGGUUCCUUGUCUCGAAGCCUACGGAUGGUGGUAAGUGCAGCCACGGCGGGGUACUGGACGACAGCUCCUCAGCGCCUGCAGAAGGAGGGAUCAACAAGGACACAGCCUCGCCUUGCUUCUCGCCUCACUUCCACUUGCACGAGAAUACUCAAAAAACCGAUUCUCAGGCUACAGACCAAUACCUCAAAGCGAUCCUCGACGCCGUGGGUAACGAGAAGUACCGAAGGUUAUUCGACUUGUACGAAGGCUCGGCGCUGUCCAUUGUGAUCGACACGACACAGUCCAUGGGCAAUGACAUCGCAGCAGUACAGGACCAGGUCGCGCAGAUCGUCAAUGCCUCAUCUCCGGAACUCUAUAUUCUCGCGCCGUAUAAUGACCCGAGAGUGGGCCCUCUGACGAAGACGGACGACCCUGAGGUAUUCCUGGACGCCGUGAACGCCCUGCACGCCGAGUACGGUGGAGACGUCCCCGAGCUCUUCUGGCACGGCCUUCAGCUAGCUUUGAGCAACACCCCAGACUACGGCAACGUUUUCUGCUUCACGGACGCGGGUGGAAAAGACGGUGCUAUAAUGGAGAGCAUGAUUGCGCUAGCUCAGAGUCGCGCCAUGAAGGUCAACAUCAUAUACAGCGGCAAGAUCACCAGCCCGACGGCGCGCCUCGUCACAGGCAUCCCUGAGUACCGGGAACUUGCCGACGCCACCGGAGGCCUGUUCAUCCCUUCCAACAAGUUCGACGUCGACUUCAUCACGCCCAUCCUCGGGGAUAGCGUCGAGAGCUCAGAUGUAGAUAUUACAGUUCUGAAGGACCUGACGGGGGUGCAAGUUAUAGACGUUCCGAUCGAUGACUCCAUUCUUGACUUCAGUAUCCAUCUUCCUGGCUACGUUGACAAAGCCGUAUUGCGGGAUAUUACAGGAACGGAAUAUAACCUGACGGACGUGACCGAGCUGGAGUCGACCCCCGGCGUGGAGGUGGUGGCCUUCGCAGAGGCUCUGAGGGACAUCCGAUGGGUGGCUCCGCGCUACGGCAUGUGGGAGCUCUAUCUGGAGAGCACCUCCAACUACAGCUUAUCUGUGACUGCCAACUCGACCCUGGCGUGGCUGGGGGAGUUCUGCAUCCUGGAUCCGUCGCCACCGCACCCUCACUACCGCCCUGCCGAAGGCCGUCCGCUAACCAACACUGUGUAUUACCUUGAAGUUAUGUUAGUGGGAUACUUGGAGAGCGAAGUCAUAGAUGUGCACCUCGUCGAGUUCGUUGAUGUGUCCGGCUCGCUUCUCCGCACGAUCCCUUAUAACGAGGGAAUCGACGACGUCUUCUACAUCCGAGCUGAACCUCUUCCCGAGCAGCAUUUUUACAUGAAACUCUACGGCAAAGUGCACUCCGGGAACACAUUCAGCCGACUUCAACCGGUACUGAUUACGCCAGUGAAGGCAAGUGUGGAGGUACUCGCGACUUCAGACGACUUGUCCGCCAAACCCGGCAACUUAGCACAGGGAGACUUUCUUGUGACAAACUUCGGCCUCGAGUCUGACUUCAACAUCACCGGCACAGACAGCGGGAAGUUCUUGCAUUAUAUGGAGCCUACUGUGAUCCAUCUGACGGAAGGUGGCAGCGGGACGGUGACGGCGCACUUCAAGGUGAAGACUGGCACUGCCCCUGGCACUGUCAGCACGGUCAUGGUCACGGCACGGAGCCUCAAGCAGACGUAUUCUGUCAACACUGCUAUUACCCACUUCCACGUUGUGCCGAAGACGGAAGACGACAUUCCCCCGACCUGCACUCUCGCAAACAAACCAGACUGCACCGGGUUCACUUACAAUGGCAUCUGCAGCCAGAAGAACUGGACGGUCGAAGCAGCAAUCCAGGAUCUUGGCUCUGGUCUGAGCAACGUCUACGCUCGUCCUGAUGGCAUCGCGUCCGUGGUGGUUGGGCUAGCUCCUGGUACCAAAGAUCUCGUGAAUGUGACAUACUCUGCCGACUGUUGCUCCUCUCAAGUGGAUAUCAUCGGUGUGGAUACGCAAGGGAAUGUUGGGAAAUGCGUUAUCGACAUGGGGGCUCUGGGAGGUUACAUUCUGGACUUGGAGGCAGAUGAGGUGGGCGAGACGUGGGUGCUCCUGCGCUGGGAAAUCACCUCCUCUGACCUCAAUCUCCACAAGUACCGCCUCCUCAUCAACAACGAUUUCACGCAGGAAUUCUUGUGCAGGGAGUCCAUAUGCCACCACAACGUGACCUACCUGGACCCAUGCGCCUUUCAGUCUUUCGAACUCACGCCUCACUUCUACGUAGGAGGUGAAGACCGUGCAGGGCAGCCGGCGUACACUAAGGCUACUACACUCGACACCGAUCCUGAAAUGCCUUCCAACGGCGUGCAGGUCAACACCACUUUAAGUACGAUCACGGUAUCUUGGGACGCCGUCAGCUCCAAGUGUGUCAGUCAGUUCGAGGUGUGUUACCGGCCCUUCGGAUUCGACGCCACCGAAAUCUGCGAACGGACGGCGCUCCUGAACUACACGCUGCAGGGAAUUGAGGCCUGUGCCGUCUACGAGGUGUCAGUGCAGGCGGUCUCUCCCUCAGGACGUCGCAGCCAGGCGCUCGAGUUCUUUGUCAAUAGCGAGGAUGCAGAACCCGAAGCCCCCCGCAAUGUGCAGGUGAACCACGUGAGGGAGGACUCGGUCACCAUCACAUGGGACAAUCCUCUGUUUCGGGUUCACUGCAUCGACAGGUACGUCAUUUCCUACGGCGAAGUGAGGAGGACUGUUCACCUCACAGAAACAGCCGUUCGAGGUGAGCACUAUGCCACAGUGUACCCUCUCCUUCCUUGCACGAAUUAUACCAUUGACGUGUUUGCUGUCUCGAUCACGGGGAAGGCAGGACCCGGAGUGAGACUGAGUGCUGCCACGUUGGAAGAUCCAGACCCUGAACCAGUCAACAGCCUCCUCGUGAACAGCGCUAACACAAGCUCCCUGCACGUGAUCUGGGCGUCGCUCGAGAACUGCCUCGACCACUACCACGUCUGUUACUACGAACCGAGCACGCCCUUCGAAACGUGCCAAGAUAUAACAGAAAGGGAGAUUCACCUCCGUGACCUAAAACCUUGUACAUCUUACACCGUCUUCGUCAGUACAGUUUCUUUCUCUGGAAUCGUCAGCAACAGGACGUCUCAGUCGUCACGCACUCUGGAUGUCCAGCCCGGAGAUCCUCAGAACUUAAGGGUUACAAGCGAAACGGCACACACCAUCGAGAUCAAGUACGACCCCCCGACGACCAACCCCCAGUGUGCCAACGAGUACGACAUCCAGCAGAUAAAACUCGACAGCUAUCGACGCGCAUCACAGCCCGAGUUCAUGCAAGAGAUCAUCUUCUCCGACAUGGAGGCGUGCACGAACUACGAAGUGCGUGUGAGAGCCGUGUCGACCGAUAAACAGGCCAGUUCGUGGGUGUCGACCAACGCCUCAACCUCGGAAGACAUCCCUAACAAACCACAGAGCUUCGAAGUGCUUGAAACGACCGCCUCGGCCGUGACUUUGGUGUGGUAUCGACCCGAGGAGAACGGUCAGUGCGUGAGUCAGUAUGCCCUUGAGUGGUCUGCUCCUGACGGAUCCUCAUACUCGAAGACGGUGACGUCCUUGGACUUCCAGGUGAGGGAGGACGUGACUGGCCUAACCGCGUGCUCGGAUUACCACUUCAACGUCACCGGAAUCACCUCGUCUGGUGCUCGUGGGACGUCGGCUGUACUCAACGCUGUCACCACUGGUUGCCUCUAGUCCUGACGGUGGAGGCGGUCAGAGGAGUGAAUAAAGUUUUUUUGUUUUUUUUUAUUACUGAAGAAUAGUACGCCGAUUUAAACGCGCAUAAUGAUGUGUUGCGUCUUUAAGUGUGGAUGGGAGUCUUUUUCAUUUAAUUUCCCAUGCUCUGUGAAAGCAUUGAUAGCGAAUCAUUAAUGUUUACUUGUUUGUACCAUUCACCAUUGAUAUGCAAUAUGCAUAUUUUUUUUUUCGGUAAAGCCAUUCUGCAUAUGUAUUUUGGGUAUUAUCUUACCCGUUAAAAAGAUAUUGAGUAAAAUAUAUCUUUAGCUGUUGAUAAAGAUAUAGAAAUAAAACAUAUCCUUGAUCUA